AUGGUGGAGAUGGAGAUUGUAGCGUUUGCGUUGCUGGCUGCGCCGGGGGAGUUGUUUGAGGUGCAGAGUGGUGCGGUGCGGGCGCGGAUUACGAAAUGGUUGGGGACGAUCAACGGUAAGGAUUUUCCGACGACGAAUUGGUUGUGGUUUCGGGUGAUGACGAAUCUGGCGCUCGUCAAGGUGUGCGGUGUACCGCGGGAGGAAGGGCUACAGGCUAUGCGGGCUGAUCUCGAGCUCAUGGAGGCGUUUUAUCUGGGGGAUGGGUGGGCGGCGGAUGGGGUGUGGAGUGAGGGGGGGCGGCAGGCGGAUUAUUAUUCUGGCAGUUUUGCGAUACAGUUUUCGCAGCUGGUGUAUGCGAAGUUUGCGUGGGAUUUGGAUCCGGAGCGGUGUGAGAGGUUUCGGGAGAGGGCUGUGGAGUUUGCAGGGUCGUUUUGGAGGUAUUUUGAUACGAAUGGCGCCGCCAUCCCCUUCGGCCGCAGUCUAACUUACCGCUUCGCCUUCGCCGGCUUCUGGUCCGCCCUCGCCUUCUCCGGGAUUCCCGAUUCCUCUCUCCCCCACCCCCUAAACACCCCCGGCACCAUCAAAGGCCUUUUACUCCGGCACUUCUCCUGGUGGCGGGCCCAUCCCUCAAUGUUCAACGUCGACGGAACACUGACGAUUGGCUUUGCGUAUCCAAACAUGUACAUGAGUGAAGACUACAACAGCCCGCAAUCUGUGUACUGGGCUUUGAAAUCCUUCAUCGCGCUCGGAGUGCCUGCUAACCAUGAUUUCUGGACUGAGCCGGCACGGCCAUUUCCACUAUUAUCACGAGGAGACGAAGAGAAAGAAGGAGGAGAGAAAGAAGAAAGGAUCAAGCUCCUCAAACAACCACACCACAUCCUCAUCAACGGAACAAACCACCACUUCCUCCUCAACAGCGGCCAAUUCUGCCCCUGGCCCCUCAAAGCCACAGAAGCCAAAUACGGCAAAUACGCCUACUCAUCGCACUUUGGCUUCUCCGUGCCCACGGGACCCUUGCUCGCACAACUCGCUCCCGACAGCACGCUGGCCCUCAGCCGAGACGACGGCGAGACAUGGCGCGUGCCGUGGAAGCUAGACGGCGCAGGGCUGAAGACGGGAACCGCGACGUUGCUGUGUAGCGGCGGGGCCGCCGCGGCGCAGAACGAGGACGUUGACGUUGUUGUGGCCACGAUGCCCACGCUACACAGCACGUGGAAGCCGUGGAAAGACGCAGAGAUCGAGGUCCAGACCAUCCUUGUACCGCCGUGUACGCGCUGGCCCGACUGGUACGUGACGCACCACCGCAUCACGCAGUCUGGGGCGCAAAAGCUCGGGCUGCGUGUUGUGCAAGGGGGCUUUGCGAUUCAAGGGCGCGGUCAGGCGCGCGGCGAGGUUUUACCUGCGUACGGCGAUGUCGAGAUGCUGAGGGGUGACGGUGGAGUGAAGAGUCCGUCUAGUUGCCUGGAGGGGACGUACAAGUCCCGGGACAACGAGGCCGCGGAUGUCGGGGGUGCACUCGUGCUAUCGGAUGCUGGGGCGAGCGGGAUUAGGCGGUUGGACAUGUCGUCGAUGCCGGAGGGGGCAUGCACGUCUUCGUGCCAUGAUAUCCUUAAGCCGGAUGCAAAUACCAAUCUCAUAUGGCAGCGCACGUUGAUUCCGACCGUGCAGUUUGAGACGGAGCCUGGGUUUCAGGAAGUGGAGUUUGCGACGGGUGUGUUUGCUUUGGCGCGGACGGAGGAUCGCAAGGCGCGGUAUGAUGGUGUGUUGGAUGUGGUCGGGUUGUGGGGGGAUGGUCCUGUUGUUGGGGCGCGUGGAGGGAGCGAGCGUGAGAACGAGGGAGAGAAAAGGGGUUAUUGGAUCAGAGUUGAGUAA